AUGAGCACGAGGUUCUCGAUGGUGAUCAUUUCUUUGGCAGAGAUGAGUCUCAGAGUGACGGCUUUUAGAAUGUCCUCAAAGUACUGCCACACAGACGCCUCUGAGCUGAAGUUCUGGAUCAGCAGCACCACCAGGUCGCCGAGGCGGACAAUUGCCCGGUCGCUCAUGGACGGCGAAAGAAACUUGGAUAGGAUCUUGAGCACGAGCUCGUCCCCCGAGGUGCCGGAGGCCGGGUCGCGGUACGACAUGAUGAACUGGGACGAUUUGGCCAGCAGACCGUUGAACACCUCGGACGACGACUGCAGAGUCUCGUCAUCGUCGCAGCUGAGAAUGAGGUUGCAGAUCUCGGGGAAUAGGAACUGGAACACGUCCUGGGGAAUCUGGGAGUCCUGGUUGGGGCCCUUGAUGAACACCGUGAGCACCUGCAAUGAAAGGUCGAGCUCAGGCGAGUACUGGCCCUUGGAGUCGGCGAUAAUCUUGAGUAAUGGCUCGAGGCCCUUGUAG